AGUACUCCAGUGCUGUGAUGUUAUGUGGAGGACAGUUAUCAACAGCGUCUCAUAUCACAUGGAACCGCAGAAUAUGCUUCUGUUGAGAACUCAAGUCUAUUCCUUUAUUAAAAGCAAGUGUUUUUUUAAGAGGUCAUCAUUAGUAUGGUGACACACACACACAUCUAAUGGCAGACAGUAACUGGAUCGGUGAGGUUGUGAGCAAUGUGUCUCUGUGUAAAACUGAAACAAAGCUUCACCACUGCAACCAUUCAGAAGACGUGAGAUCUCAAAGUCCUACUCCUCUGAUGGACGCAUGGCUGGUCCCUUUGUUUUUUGCUCUCAUUAUGCUCGUGGGUUUGGUGGGAAACUUACUGGUCAUCUACGUGGUCUUUAAAAACCAGCAGAUGAAAACAGUUACAAACCUCUACAUAGUGAAUCUCGCCACCACAGAUAUAUUGUUCCUGGUGUGUUGUGUUCCUUUCACCGCCACUCUGUACCCGCUUCCCAGCUGGAUAUUUGGAGACUUCAUGUGUCGUCUGGUCAAUUACCUGCAACAGGUAACCGCACAGGCGACCUGCAUCACUUUAUCUGCGAUGAGCGUCGAUCGCUUUUAUGUGACCGUCUACCCACUGCGGUCCCUCCAUCACAGAACACCACAGAUGGCUGUGACUGUCUGCACCACUGUCUGGAUAUGCUCUUUUCUGCUGUCAGUGCCCAUUGCACUAUAUCAGCACACAGAGUCAUAUUUCUGGUUCGGGCCGCAGACGUUCUGCACCGAAGCUUUUCCAUCUAUCUCUCAUAAAAGAGCGUAUAUACUGUACUCAUUCCUGGCUGUUUACCUGCUGCCCCUCAUCACCAUCUGUACAUGUUAUGCCUUCAUGCUAAAACACAUCGGUCACUCCGCAGUGGAGCCUGUCGACGGCUGUAACCAGCUGCAGACGCAAACCGAGCGAGCUGAGGCGGUGCGGACGAGGGUCUCCAGGAUGGUGGUGGUGAUGGUGCUGCUGUUUAUAUUCUGCUGGGGUCCCAUCCAGAUACUGAUUCUCUUACAAGCGUUCUGUUCUGAGGAUCUGAGUCACAGUUAUACGCUCUACAAACUGAAGAUCUGGGCUCACUGCAUGUCCUAUUCCAACUCCUCCAUCAACCCGCUGGUCUACGCCUUCAUGGGUGCUAACUUCAGAAAGGCCUUCAGGAGCGUGUGCCCUUUCAUCUUCAAAAGGGAUAGAAGAAUAUCAGAGCUUCUCCCCACCCAUAACAGUGAGAUGAACGUUCUUUCAUCCUGAACUUAAAAGACUGAAUGGAAAGGUUAUGUUAUUGGACCUGUGGGAGACAUGUAUUUGACACACAUACAAUCUCAAAUCGUAUGGGACAGAGUGGUUAAAGAUUGAAAACCAAAUAGAGACAUUACACACCUCAUGAAUCUGAUUAAGAUGUGUUUGUGUGUGUGUGUUUCCUGGGGAUGGAGCAGUGCUCUUAUAAUGAUAAUGGGUCAUUUACAAAUGUUCUUAAUACUGGAUGUAUUUUUUAAUUGGGCGGACUUUGAAUGACAUUUUUCUGUUUUCAUUAAUGUAUAGUGUUAUUUUAAAAGAGGCGAUCUAGUUUAAUUUAAUUUAUAGUUGAAUUGUUUUACCUAACUCUGAUUCACAACAGAAGGCUCUAAUAAUGAUCUAUAGUUUGA